GAGUGCAACGUCACAAACAAGCCUGUUGGCUUAGGUUAUGGAUGAGUGGAGUGCUUCCCAGGAAUCUCUUCUCAUCCACAUCUCUCUCUCUCUCUCGCCUCCCUUUCCGCUCAUCUCUCUUUCUCUACGCGUUCUUUCUGUGUUUAUGUAUCAUAGGAAUUUGGUUUUUUGUUUCAAUUUGUAAGUUCUUGUGUGGCGUUUGUUGAAUAUUGAUCCUCUUGUUGUUUGCAACUAAAGCAAGCAAAGGCUUUUUCGGUACUCGAAUUAGGAGAGACUAGAGAGUAGCUAUCUUAGUUAGUUUUUAAGGUUUGGGGGCUAUCCCAUUUGGGAACUUGUUUUCAGUCCUUUUUCUCUCUUUCUCUACUCUUUUGUUCUUUUCAUUUUACAUCAUCUCUUUGUUUAUAGCUUCAAGUUUCUAGAACUUGCUGAAAUCAAAACAAAAUACAAGAAGAGUUAUCAGGAAGAAACUGAGAAAUUCAAAGCAAAAGGAAAUGAAAUUUAGUCGGACGGGGGAAUAAACUGGAAUCAGCUACUGUUCUUGCAUUUACUGCUUUCCACUUUCAUUAGCUUCUAAGUUAGGGUUCAUAAGUAGAUCUCAGGACAUUCUGUCACAGAUAUUAUGAAGUUGAUAUAUAUGUAGAGGGUCAUAGGCUUUGUUAUCACAAGUUAACCUUGUAGUUUGUGUCAUCAUCACAAAAUCCAGAAAUUCAAUAUAAGGGCUGGGAGAGAUGAUGAAAAGUAAGGUGGUGGAAGAGAACAUGUCCAAUUUGACUUCAACAUCUGGUGAAGUAAGUGCUUCUUCAGGUACCAGAAUUGAGACUGGCACACUAUACCCACAACAGUCUUUUGCUUCAACAAAUCAAGCUCCACCAUCAAAGAAGAAGAGAAGUCUUCCAGGCAACCCAGACCCAGAUGCAGAAGUCAUAGCUUUGUCUCCCAAGACACUCAUGGCAACAAAUAGAUUUAUAUGUGAGAUCUGUAACAAAGGGUUUCAGAGAGAUCAGAAUCUUCAGCUUCAUAAAAGAGGACAUAACUUGCCAUGGAAACUAAAGCAAAGAACAAACAAGGAGGUGAUCAGAAAGAAGGUAUAUGUGUGCCCGGAGCCUACAUGCGUGCACCAUGACCCAGCUAGGGCUCUUGGAGACCUCACGGGAAUCAAGAAGCACUUUUGCAGAAAGCAUGGUGAGAAGAAGUGGAAGUGUGAAAAGUGUUCCAAGCGGUAUGCUGUUCAAUCAGACUGGAAAGCUCACUCCAAGAUUUGUGGCACAAGAGAGUAUAGAUGUGACUGUGGAACCCUUUUCUCCAGGAGGGACAGUUUCAUCACGCACAGGGCGUUUUGCGAUGCUUUAGCUGAAGAGAGUGCAAGAGCAAUUACCGCUGCAAACCCACUCCUCCCCUCAAACCAACCGGGCUCUUCAGUUUCACAUAUGACCAAUCUGCAACCCCAACUCCAUAGCGACGCCCUCCAUGCCCUAUCAGUGAAAAGAGAACAAGAUCAUCUUUUCAUUGCAGGAGUGCCAGCAGAUAGUAUUCCACCGUGGUUAACUUGCCCAUCAGGAGUCGGAGCUGGGCCUGGUCCCCCCUCAACGAAUCUUUCAUCAUCAUCACCAUUAUUUUUAGACCACCCAUUGGCACAAAAUGAAAACCCUAGCCAAAACCCUAGUUCUACACUUCCUCCAUUCCAGGCUCCCACAGCUUCUCUACACAUGUCUGCAACUGCACUCCUGCAAAAAGCAGCUCAAAUGGGAGUGACAAUGAGCAAACCCUUGCAAUCAGCUGCAGCCAUGCAAAGACCUCACCAGCAGACUCACAUGUCUGGUUUCACUGGUUCCACUUCCGCAUCUUUAGCCACGUCUACAGCUGGUUCUGGUCUGGGUUUGUCCGCACGUGAAGAGCUUGGCAGUGGGUUUCCCCAUGAGUUGGCAUUUUUUGGGAAUAAAGCUGCUGCCACCUCUGGUUUCAUGGAACAGGCAUCUGCAACAAAUAGUACUGCAGGUGCUGGAGCCGGAGCUGCAGCUCCUUCUCUACUCCAUGAUAUGAUGAGUUCUUUAUCUUCUACAAGUGGGUUUGACGGGUCUUCAUCUUUUGAACAGUCUUUGAAUGGGAUAUUGGACACAAAAUUAGGAAACAGCACUUUUCAACAAGCUACUCUCUCAAAAAGAACAGAAUACCAGUUAAGCAGAAGUGAUCAUGAAGGUAGAGGUAGUAGUGCUAGCAGUAAUAUAGGAGGGAAUGAUGGGUUGACAAGAGAUUUCUUGGGUCUUAAAGCUUUUCCUUACAGAGAUUUCCCUAAUUUAGCUGGGCUUAAUCGUAUAAACUCUUCUUCAGCAUAUGGGCAACAGAACCAGCACAGUCAAACCCCGUGGCAAGGUUAGGUUGUGGUUCCUUGCCUUUUCAAGUAAUUAUUAUCCCAAUCUUUUCCAUCCAAAGAUCAGAAAGCAGGAGAACUACUGCGGCCUACAAUUUCCGUGGUAACUUAAAUUAAAGUUGUAUCAUAGUAAUAUUGAUGCUGAAUAUAGUUCUCCUCGGUGUUACCCUCAUAUAGUUUAAGCCAUCUUUUCGAUUUUCAUCAUUUUGAUUACAAUUUAAUUAUUUUAUAUAUGGAACAACUCUCUUAUCUGUUCAUCUAUAUAAGCUUAAAAAAGAAAAAACAGCAACUGUACAUGGAAGCAUUAGUUCAUCGCUUCUACGUACAUUUCUUGUAUUUA